AUGUUUUGGAUGAAGCUGGUCAUAUGUAAUUCAGAAAUGAAAAGAGAAGGGCAAGAAUUGUUGGAGCGCAACGGAGUGGAAAACAAUAACAAACAAGAAGCUCAGCCUGAAGUUGAUAAUCAUGAAGAUGUCUUGGAAAAUGAUUAUGAUAGAGAAUUCUGGAUUAAAGUAGGCAUGACUGAAUGUUAAAAACAUAUAUUCUAAUAGGUCUCGAUAACGAGUUGAAUCUUGCGGCAAUCGUAAACAGUAUUAAUCUUCAGCGUAAGGUUUAACGAGUUAAAACUGAAUUUUGUGCAAAAAGGAAAUUUUAAUCAUCAAGCUACGUAUAUCCAAAAUAAGUGCUUCCUAAUUCGUUAUGUCUCUCUCAAGGAAGCCUUAAAAUAUAUUUCAUCAUUCUAGAACUCACGGUACAGAGCUAUUCAGGACAUGAUGUAUGACAUACAACACGAAGCUGCCCAUGAGCAUUUUUAACAGCAUGUACUCUUGCAGGUUCGUUUAAAGCAGAGCAAUGGACUUUCAUGGAGUAGAGCUAUGGAUGAAGUUACUGUUGAAAGACUGAUCCAGAAGUACAAAGAUAACGGGGAACUGGAUGAUGAGGAUCCAGCCCUUUUGAUGUUAAAACAGUGGCCAGCAUCUAAGCAGUACAUAGAUAAUCCUGAAAAACUUCCAGGCCUUGAACAGAAGGUAUAUGUAAAUCAUGAUUGGAUCAAAUGUUAAUUAUUAACAGUGUGCAUGGAAUGCUACUGGCGGGGAACAAAAUGACAGUGAAAUCUGAGAAAAUUAGGCUUACUGUGCAUAGAUAAAUAUCAGAAAGCAACUUUUUGCAUGGGUGGUUAAAGGUCAAUACAGCAAGUGAAUAAUGAGGGGAAAAAAGUUUCCAAUAGACUUUCAAUCCUAAAAAGGAGAUGAUAAGUUGCAUUAUUUGACAUGAAUGGCUGCGCACACUUUUAUUGUAAAACAUUUAGUAGAAAUCCCAGGUUAAAGGCCUAAUGUGACAGCUGAGCAGGCCUGAAAAUAAGUAUGAUCCAAGUGAGCUACAAACUAGAUGAAGAAGGAAAGAAAAGAAAGAGCAAAGGUCUUAUGAUAAUUUUUUUUUUUUAAGUGAGCAAGCUAGAUUAACAUUGGCCAAAUGGGAAAAUAUUUAGUUCUCAGACAUGAGACAGGGACCUGUUUGUUGCACUCCGUCCAUGCACCAUGACCUUAAGCUAAAGGUUUCCUGCCUGGCCCUCCCACUCAGUCAAGAAGUAUAUAUCACCAGUGUAGUUGAAUUACAUAGUAUAAUGUGGACAUGUCUUCUUGCAGAUAAAUCAGCUUUUGGAGAUAAUAUUGCAAAGUGAAAUUAACUCUUGCAAUAAAUACCAGACAUUCAGAGAUGAGGAAGACAAAACAAGAAAAACAUUACUACAUUAUGCUGCAGAACUUGGAUUUUUAAAUGUCAGCAAAACACUUGUAAAUAAAUGUCCAGUGUUACUAACCUUGAAGACAGAGUAUGCAAAGGAUAAAAGGUCUAUGUUACCUGUUGAGUUGGCUUUAGUAGCAGAAAAAAGAUGA